GGGAUCACACGAGAGGAGCAUGAAAGUCUGUCCACUUUUAUUUCUAGUCUUUUAUGUUUGAUAAAUCAAUACAUUUAUUCCUUGUUCCGAUCGCCAGUGCAUUUCUGCAGAUCUUUCACUGAUACAUACACGCGAUGUAGUGCUACUGACUACUGACUACCCGGGUUUUCCCGAAAAUUCGGUUUUUUUUUGUCCACAUUUAUAUUUGCACAUGUGAUAAGUCUAGUCUAUUGAAUUAUAAUAACUUUCAUAUGUUUGUGCACGACAAGUGAUGUGUUGUGCUACGUGGGGCUUGCAUAGAUCGAUUAACGAGAUACCACUAUGAAGCCCACGCAAUGUAGGACCAUCAGGGGAGGCCAAUUUUUACCAUAAAGAAGUUGGAAAACCAAUCAACUCUGGGAACAUGGCACCAACGAGUCAGAGCCAACUGCCUUCUUCGCCAUAUUUAAAAGCGAAUAUAAUUUCGAAAUUAUUUUUCUGGUGGCUGAACGCUUUUUUUGGAAAGGGGAAUAAAAAGGCUUUGGACUUGGGAGAUUUGUAUCAAGCUUUGCCAAAUGAUCGUUCGAAAUUUCUUGGAGAUCGGAUAGAACAACUUUGGAAGGAAGAAGUCAAACGAUGUGAGGAAGGGAAAAAACCAAGAAAACCAAGUUUACGUCGUGUGAUUAUCAAACAGUUUGGUGCUUAUUACAUGAUGGUAGGAAUGCUUGCAUUCCUCGAAGAAUGUUUUAUCAGAAUCGCCCAGCCAAUAUGUUUAGGGUUACUCCUUCACUCUUUUUCGCCUGAAUAUUCAGCUAGUAAAACGGAAAAGUGGUUGUCGGCUGCAGGUGUUGUACUGGGGUCAGCAAUGUACACUUUCACCCAUCAUCCUUACUUUUUUGGAGUUCAGUAUGUAGGAAUGAAGAUCAGAAUUGCGUGUUGCUCUUUAAUUUAUCGGAAGGCCCUCCGCUUAAGUCAAGCAGCCCUUGGGAAAAGUACGAUUGGUGAAAUGACGAAUUUGAUAUCGAACGACGUUUCACGAUUUGAUCAGUCUACAAUAUUUCUUCACUAUUUGUGGAUUGGACCUAUUCAAACUGCCAUUGUAACGGGGAUCCUUUGGCACUUUUAUGGCGUGGCUUGUCUGGCUGGAUUAUCCAUUCUGGUCUUGUUCGUUCCAUUUCAAGGUUACAUGGGAAAACGGUUUUCAACUCUGAGGGAAUCUACUGCAAUUAAAACGGAUCGAAGGAUUCGAGUCAUGAAUGAAAUUGUGGGUGGGAUGAGGGCAAUCAAAAUGUAUGCCUGGGAAAAGCCUUUCUCAAUUUUAGUUGGAGAAUCAAGAAAGGAUGAAAUUAAAGUGAUAAAGAAAACAAAUACAUUACGGGCAGUGAAUAUGAGUGUGUUUUAUACAUCUUCGAAAAUUAUAAUAUUUUUGACUCUAAUCACCUACGUUCUAACGGAAAAUUCAUUAACUGCCGUGAAGGUGUUUGUAACAUUUGCACUUUAUAAUAAUGUACGAUUAAUAAUGACGCUUUUCUUCCCGAAUGGAGUAUCUCAACUUGGUGAGGGUUUAGUGUCAAUUAGACGAAUUGAAAAUUUUCUAUUGAUGGAGGAAAGAAUAACGUCAUCCAAAUCAACAUUAUCGUCUCAUAGUUCAAUCGGAGCUACAGGAACAAUAAAGUUUACGAAUUUUUGUGCCAAUUGGACACCAGAGCAAGCAACGCUAAACAAUAUUAAUCUCAAUGUGGGAAACAAAGAACUUUUCGCAAUCGUGGGUCAUGUGGGGUCAGGAAAGACCUCCUUGCUCCAAUCAAUACUUGGUGAGUUGCCAGCAACUUCAGGAAAAAUUCGAGCUUCGGGAACAUUGGGUUAUACAUCACAAGAACCGUGGGUAUUUUCUGGAAGUGUUCGAGAAAACAUUUUAUUUGGACGGGUGUACGAUGACGAAAGAUAUAACCAAGUUGUCGAAGCCUGUGCCUUAAGCAGAGACCUGGAUUUGCUCCCUAAUCGAGAUAACAGUUUAGUUGGUGAAAAAGGGUCUUCAUUAAGCGGUGGGCAAAAAGCCCGAAUUACACUUGCCCGAGCCGUUUAUGCCAAUGCUGAUAUCUAUUUACUCGAUGAUCCACUAAGUGCUGUUGAUGCAGAAGUCGGACGUCAUAUCUUUGACCAGUGUAUUUGUGGGAUUUUGAAAGAGAAAACCCGGAUUUUAGUUACUCAUCAGCUACACCUACUUCAAUCAGUAAAUCAAAUUGUACUUCUAGAAGAUGGAUUUAUCAGGGCACAAGGAAAUUAUGAGAAAAUAUCUUCCUUCAACACCACGGAAUCUGUUUUAUUAAAAAAUCCUAUUCGAAAUCGUACAACAUCGGAAGCAUCGUCAUCCUCGAUUCCAUAUGUCGCAAGAUCGGGCAGUUUUGGCAUUGGAAUGAAUGAAAUGGGCGUUGGAAGCACUUAUUCCAUUAAUGUCGAAGAAUUUGAUGAUUAUCUGGAUACUGGAUGUGGAGAUGAUUUGAAAACUAGAUCUGACGGGGUCAGCCCAAGUGAUACGCUUUUGAAAAGUAGUAUUCCCAAAUUAAAUGAAGAAAUUAGUGCAACGGGUCGUGUAAAUUUGGGAUUAUAUGUGAAAUAUUUUAAAUCUGGGUCCAACAUUUGCACUCUGACCCUUUUAAUUUUUGGGAAUAUUGCAACACAAGUUCUUUACGCUGGUGCCGAUUGGUGGCUUAGCUUUUGGACAAAAUCUCAAGAAGGGAAGUCGAAAACUAAUGAAUCACAACCGAUCGUAUCGCCAUUACCAAAAUCCAUAUAUCAUGAUCGAGAUGUCCAAAUUGAAAUUUAUUCUGGAUUAAUUUGUGGCUUGUUUUUUGCUUCAUUGCUACGAACAAUGGUAUUCUUUAAUAUUUGUAUGACGGCGUCGGUGAAUUUACACGAGUCCAUGUUUCUUGGAGUGUUAAGAGCCCCAAUGAAAUUCUUUGAAACAAAUCCAAUCGGGAGGAUCUUGAGUAGAAUUUCUAAAGAUAUUGGAUGUAUCGAUGAUAUAUUACCACCAACUAUGUUUGACACGAUGGAGAUAUUUCUCAACGUCGUAGGAAUAUUGGUCCUUGUGACCAUUGUAAACUACUAUUUGCUAGUACCAGCAUUUGUAAUAGUUGUCGUAUUUUAUUUCCUCCGCAAAUUUUAUCUGCGAACUGCAAGAAGUGUCAAACGAAUUGAAGGAAUUACUCGAAGUCCAGUAUUUUCACAUUUGAGCACAUCUUUAAGCGGUCUGUCCACAAUUCGUGCGUUUAAAGUGGAGUCCAAUUUCAUUAAGCAGUUUGAUGAUUAUCAAGACAUGCAUACGUCUUCCUGGUACAUUUUCCUCGCCGUUUCCAGGUGGUUUGGAAUAUGGUUGGAUUGGAUCUCCGUCUCAUGGAUUGCUUUCGUCACAUUUAGCUUCAUGUUCUUCAAUGAUAGUGGUGCAAAUAUAGGUCUCGCUGUAUCAAGUGCAAUGACAUUGACUGGAAUGUGUCAGUGGGGUGUUCGACAAAGCGCAGAAGUCGAAAACCAAAUGGUAUCCGUGGAACGGGUGAUGGAGUACACUCAAUUAGAACCAGAGGCGUCGUUAGAAACUCCAAAGGGCAAAACUCCUCCUCCAAAUGAUUGGCCAUCCAGUGGAGAAAUUAUUUUUGAACAUGUUCAACUUAAAUAUGGAAAUGAAGAACCCGUUCUUAAGGACAUUACUUGCGUUAUUAAACCGUCCGAGAAGAUUGGAAUAGUCGGUAGAACGGGUGCAGGGAAGAGUUCUUUAAUCUCGGCUCUUUUUCGCAUCGCUGAACCGACGGGAUCAAUUCUAAUCGAUGGAUUGGACAUACUAAAUCUUGGACUACAAGUUUUACGAUCGCACAUAUCAAUUAUUCCACAAGAUCCAGUCUUAUUUACGGGAACGCUUCGUGUUAAUUUAGAUCCAUUUAAUUCAUUUCGUGAUUCAGAAUUAUGGGAUGUACUCGAACAAGUACACUUGGCACAUGAUGUCAAACAAUUAGCUUCCGGGUUGGACAUGGAGAUAUCUGAAGGGGGUGCAAAUUUCAGCCUCGGUCAGCGUCAACUUGUAUGCUUGGCCAGAGCAAUACUUAAAAAUAAUAAGAUUUUAGUUUUAGACGAGGCGACUUCGAACAUAGACAAUGAUACAGACACACUAAUCCAGGGAACGAUAAGGACAAAAUUUGCAAACUGUACCGUGUUGUCUGUAGCGCAUAGAUUACAUACUGUGAUGGAUUGUGAUAAAAUUCUAGUCUUGGAUGCUGGAAGUAUUUUGGAAUUUGAUGAACCGUACACGCUUCUUCAAAACAACAAAAGUUCUUUGUAUGGCUUGGCUGAGCAGAGUGGAGCAUUGGCUGAUUUGAUCAAUAUUUCGAAAGAGGCUGCACUUCAGCGAAAACUUGCCAAAGUGGAGUCAAUAAAUUAGUCACCACUGUCACAAAAUAAAUGUUUUAUUUUAUUUUCUCAAAUAAUUAGAAAUUUUGUUAACAAAUUGAAUGAAAAUAAAAAUAGUUAUUUUGGUAGAGCAGGA